AUGUGGUCACAUGUUGAAAUGGGCCCCCCUGAUGCCAUCCUUGGGAUCACGGAGGCAUUUAAACGCGAUACUAACCCAAACAAAAUAAAUCUUGGUGUUGGUGCUUAUCGAGACGAUAAUUGCAAGCCUUGGGUUCUUCCUUCUGUUCGAGAGGCUGAGGAACGCAUCGCUAGCCGUCAUAUGGAUCACGAAUACCUUCCAAUUGUUGGUUUGACGUCUUUCAGCGAUGCUGCCAUUAAAUUCGCAUUGGGGGAGAAUUCUCCUGUCCUUAAGGAAGGAAGAAAUGCUACUGCUCAAUGUCUAUCGGGAACUGGCUCCUUACGAACAGGGGCUGAAUUUUUGGGUCGUUUUAACAUGAUCAAAGAAGUUUGGUUUCCGAAACCAACGUGGCCAAACCAUUUUGCCAUCUUUAAAAACAGUGGGUUUUCCACUGUCAACUUCUAUCGUUACUAUGAUCCAAAUACCUGUGGUUUGGAUGAGACUGGUUGGUUAGAGGAUAUUGGAAAGAUCCCUGAGGGAUCUGUCAUUCUUCUCCAUGCUUGUGCCCAUAAUCCAACUGGUGUUGACCCUACUCAAGAACAAUGGAAGAAAGCUGGCAAAAUUAUCAAGGAACGUGGAUUGAUCCCCUUCUUCGACAUGGCCUAUCAGGGCUUUGCUUCAGGGGAUCCUGAUAAAGAUGCCUGGGCUGUCAGGCACUUUGCUCACGAACUACGAACCAAGACUCUUUUAUUGGCUCAAAGCUUUGCUAAAAAUAUGGGCUUAUACGGAGAACGUUGUGGUGCCUUCACGUUAAUCUGCGACUCCAAAGAGGAGGCCGCAAGAUGUUUGUCUCAAAUCAAGAUUAUUAUUCGCCCACUGGUUAGUAACCCUCCUCUCUAUGGUGCAAGAAUUGCUAGUGAGAUCUUGAAUGAUCCUCAACUAAAAGCAAAAUGGCUGGAGGAUGUAAAAACUAUGGCGAACAGAAUCAUCGGCAUGAGAAAAUCUUUAAAACAAGAGCUAGUCAAAGCUGGUUCUUUACGUAACUGGGAUCACAUUACAGAUCAAAUUGGGAUGUUCUGUUUUACUGGACUUAAUUCUGAACAGGUUGAAAAAAUGACAAAGAACUUCUCAAUCUAUCUCACAAAAGAUGGAAGAAUUAGUGUAGCUGGAGUGACAACGAAAAACGUUGAAUAUUUGGCCAAAGCUAUGCAUGAAGUUACAAAGUAA